AUGCUGUGCCGCGGGAAUAGCGGGCACGCCGUGCAGGAACCAUCACUUCAGACACUGACACCUUUUUUCCCCCUGAAUUUGUUUAGAACCUACGCCAUCAGGAGGAUAAGAGAUGCCUUCAGAGAAAAUAAGAAUGUAAAGGAUCCUGUAGAAAUCCAAGCCCUAGUGAAUAAAGCCAAGAGAGACCUUGAGAUAAUCCGCCGACAGGUCCACAUCGGCCAACUGUAUUCGACUGACAAGCUUAUCAUUGAGAAUCAAGAGAAGCCCAGGACCUAGGGAGUGGGACCCGCCGCCGUGGACCACCCUUCAGCAUCCAUCCUGCUUGGCUCGGGGGCUCCGCGCAGACCACAUGUGGCCUCCUGCAUCAGCUCUAAAUAGCCCCUGGCUCUGCCCGCCCUCUGGGAUCUGACAGACUGAGCGAGGUUUCCAUUCUUCCACAGCCAGAGUGCAAGGGGCAGCCGUCUCUCCAUGGGUCCAGUGUCAAGAGGAAGAGCUGGGCUCCUCAGAAGAACGCUGUGUAUGAUUGUGUCUCCUCCACCCGCCCCUCUCGCAGCUCCUCAGCCCUUGUAGAGAGCAUUUCCAGACUUUGUUUCUUGGUCCUUGACAAUAAACAGAAUUAUCUCCUGAAAAGCCUUCUACACCAGACACA